UGAAAGCAAUUUCAGAUACAUCUGUCUUUCAUACGAAACGUAUUUGUUGUAGAAUUAUACAUACAUAUACAGACGCACGUAUUCGUACGCGCCCGUACACAUGCAUACACGCACAAAUACACGGACACGCGCGUGCGCGCGGAUACAUUGCAGCAUUACAAUGGUUAAUACGAAAACCUGAUAGAACACCUUUAAUUCCCAGAAUUGCAAUUGGCAAAGAACAAUAACUAAAGAAUCGUUGUCUUUCUACGUUCUAAUUUCGAGUCGAGUUACCGGAAUAAUUUCUCGAAAGAAUUCGUCGACAGAUUACUUUUUAAGGAAUCGGAUUUAAGUGCUGUGAACGCGAAAGGAGUCCACCCUUGAUCUGAAUUUACAACCGGUGAUACGAAGGAACUCAUACGUUGACUACUUGGAAAGUAUCCAGCAUUAGACAUCCAAAAAAUACCCAACUUCUCAACAAAAAAAAAAAACAAAAACAAAAAAAACACUUAGACUGUGAAGAGGACAACAUCGGCAAGCAACGCUUUGCAAUCAUGACCAUUUUAACAUUUUAUAUAGUUGCAAUUUCGUUGUCGGAUGUAAACGCAAAAGAAAUAUUUCAAUGAGAUUGCAUCGAGGAGUUUAAACUGAUGCUUCCGCGGCAAGUACCUUAAGAUUGACGUUUAAGGUGAACGUUAAUUACUAGACGUAAUUUGACAGGAUUUUUCAAUGUUUCGUGAUCAAACGGUUCAGACAGUUGCUCUCCCUUUAUAAUUUGAACAACGACGACAAAGUGCUAGGACAUUUCGUGAGUGAUGGUAACACAACGAAUUGCAAGAGAGUACUGUCGAAUAGGUAGAACAAAUUUUCAAUCGAGGAAUGCAGUUUUAUAUUGCACGAUAUACUUCAAAUGGUACAUUUCACACCCAAAAAGGCGUGCCUGGUGGAAACUACCAGCCACGAAGUGCCUGUUUUAAACGGCACCAGUAGAAUAGUAGACUAGUUAGUGCUUAAUUAUCCACUAAUUGAAUUCUGAGACCCCUUGACGGAAUUUUAAAAGGGGACUUCGAAUAACCAUGGGAAAACAAAACAGCAAACUGAAGCCAGAAGUAUUAGAAGACCUCAAGCAAAAUACGGAAUUCUCAGAUGCUGAAAUCCAAGAAUGGUACAAAGGCUUCUUGAAGGAUUGUCCGAGUGGGCACCUCAGCGUAGAAGAGUUUAAAAAAAUAUAUGGAAAUUUCUUCCCUUACGGUGAUGCCUCUAAGUUUGCAGAACACGUAUUCAGAACAUUCGACGCGAAUGGGGAUGGAACAAUCGACUUUCGAGAAUUUCUAUGCGCUCUCAGCGUAACAUCUCGUGGUAAACUGGAACAGAAAUUAAAGUGGGCCUUCAGCAUGUACGAUCUUGAUGGUAAUGGUUAUAUUUCGCGGCAAGAAAUGCUGGAAAUUGUGACGGCAAUCUAUAAAAUGGUGGGGUCCGUAAUGAAAAUGCCGGAAGAUGAAUCUACGCCAGAAAAAAGAACCGACAAGAUAUUCCGACAGAUGGAUAAAAACAAGGAUGGCAAAUUAUCGCUCGAUGAGUUCAUAGAAGGGGCAAAAAGUGAUCCGUCUAUCGUGCGACUGUUGCAGUGCGAUCCUAGUGCACAAGCUCAGUGAGGCCCUGGGCUAUUACGCAAGUAUUACUGUGUCAUCUAUAUAACAAGGUCGGGACCCGGUCCGAUAAUGUCCACUAGAAAUAAAGCAAAUAGAAAAGUUACGUUCAUAAAGAAAUAUCCUGGAUCUGAAGGAUUCACUUGGAAAUCUAUCAAAGCAUUACUGUUAUAAUUUAAUUCUCUUUAUUUAGAAAGAUAUUUACUUACAAAAAUUAGUUAAUAAUAAACCAGAAGAAUUCUAUUCCUUUCAGAAAUUAUUACAAUUAAUUUUAUUUUCUUAUGAAUCGUAAUAAAUGGUAUAGAAAACAUUUGAUAGGUUUUCACGUGAAAUAUCUUUACGUAAUUAUUUACUAAAAAAUAUAGGUGGUAGAAAUAAGAGACAUUUGUAAAUUGGACCGGAACCCGAAUAAGUCCAGGGCCUCUGGGCCCAUGGCGCUUGCGCAUACCGCAAGCUAGUCUACAAGACUAGUCCAGUCGCUCCGUCUCGUAAACGGAUCGGUUUUAACACAACAAGUUUCAUAUAUUUCGAUAGUACUAUGCUGCGUAGGGACGAAUGACUUGUGAAGCUAUCGAGAGAUCCCGAGAAUUUUGAUUCGUAAUAAUUCUAAACAAACGUAGAAAUAUAGAAUACAAAACAUGAAAUACUACGUAUUUCUACGUACGUAGAAAUUCUACGACGGACAUACUACAUAUAUUACCUGGAUCUUGUGGUUGAUUUUUCUGAUAAUUCUAACUAUAUGUUCCUUUCCGUUUUUGUUAUUCGAUCACGCUAGUUAGAAGAUUAUUUAAUCUCAUAUUAUUUUUUCUAUUUUUUCGAUGCUCGCAAUCUUACGGAACACUCGUAAAAACCGAUUUUUACAAAAGCUCGAUGUUGUUGAACGAUAUUUUUUACGAUAUAAUUGCUUUUAACUACUGUUGACCUUCUUUUAACGAGGUGAUUAUAUAUUAGCUAUAUAUUAUCAUAUAUUAUUACGUAUAUUAACGUUAUCAUGUGUUCGCGACCUUCAGUUAAAAUUAAACAUUAUAAAUAAUGCCCCUCGUCGACACGUUCUCGAGUAAUCAUUUUUAGCACAAGUCCCCGUCAUACGCAGCUUAAGGGUAAAUUAAUCUUUAAAUGCGUUACAUGAUUUUUGUAAGCUAUUUGCAAAAGCAUAUUUUAUAUUAAAAGAUAGUAAACGUUUAUAAUUUUAGCAAAACGCCUUUGAUUUUUCAGUACACGCUGUUGUAAAACUGUUAAUUACCGAAAAGACUUAUUUACGUGGUAUCGUACUAUAUUAGCAACGAAUUUAAGCAAUUAAUGGUCAUCGAAAUAACAAAGGUCAUUGGAAAAGGGUAUAAAGCGAAAAGUCUCUUGUUCAACGAAAUAUCAUGCUUUCAGAAUGCAUGUGUAAUAUGAAGUUUUGUUCUUCUUUAUAGAUACGUAACAUUUGCUCAAAUAGCCAUUAUGUUUCAUUUUAUUAAUAAAUAGCAAAAAUGUAUAAUGAAAGACUGUGGAAAUAUUGGUAUGUUAACGUUAAUUGAAAUAUAAUACAAUUAAAUAUUUUUGUAGCUUUAAACACAUAUUUUUUUCUAUUCUAAUAUUCUACAUUAAUUUAAAUAAUCACUUAAAAUUUCCGUAAAAUUAGAUAAACGUUUCUUCCAAGAGCUUACACCCCCGUGACCUUUGUUACAAUUGCUUUAUUAAUACACGUUAAUUUUGAUAGAAUAAAUUCAGCUAGAAGAAUAGAGUAAAAUUAAUCAUCUUCUCGUAAAAGAAGGAAAAAGUGUAAAGUAUCAUUGCCUAUUCAAGUAACUGAAUUCAUGACGAUUUUCAGUUGCUUUUGAGCUACUGAAAACCUACCAAGAUUUCGAGCCGAAUGGAAGAUUUGGACAAAAAGAAAUGAUGGAAAAAGAAGCAAAUGACGAAGAAAUGGCAAAGAAAAUAAAAUGAAAAAUGGGAAGCCGAAAGAAUCACGCUCACGCGCAUAAACUGUUUUAGAGAUUUAUUUUUACGAGUGCGUAUGUCGCGUGUACGUGUGCGAACAUGCUAUGUGUGCGACUAAGUAUUUUAAUGUGCAUUUGCGCGUAUGCAUACGAAUAGAGAAGAAGCAGCGAAUAGUACAGAGUAGCAAAGAAUAUGAAAGGAGUAAUGAGAUACAAAACUUUAUAUAAGGACGACAACAAACUUAGACUUAAAAACAGAUGCAAAAAAGAAAUAGCGAAUAAUAUAAAAUCUCCCAUUAGCUAUUGUUCAAUUAGAAUCAAUUUAUUUUAUCACACAUUACAUAUAUGUAUACGCGACAUUGUAACUCUGUUCAUUUUUUAUCAGUGAUACGACAUAACAAUUUACUGGUUCCUUAAUUAUAACAUGAUCGAUUUAUAACAGAAUUUCCAUUAAUUACGCAAAAUAAGAUAUAUAUUUGUAAAUUUCAAUUUACAUUUCGACAAAUCUUGAAAGAUUCGUCGUUGUUCUUUAUACGUUAUUAUUUUUUUCGAUAUAUUAAAAUAUGAUAACCGUUGUUUUAUUAAUUUUUCUGCCCUGCUUGGUAUCACUGGAGAAAAUGACCAAUACACAUAUGUUAUGAUUUUGCACUUGGUCGUUACACUGGCAGUAUUGUUUUACAGGAGAGCAACAUAUUAUAAAGAUACAAAUAUGUACAUAUAUACACCCCACAUAUAUAUAUAUAUAUAUAUGUGUAUAUAUUUGUAUCAACACAUAUGUAUACCUAUUAUACUUUCUAAGAUGUACAUUCUUUCAUCUUGUGCUCAUUAAUAAUUAAGGAUAAAGACUACAUAGUUAUAUCUUUUAUCCACAUAGUCACUGUAUAAAUUAAAUAACCUCAUUAAAAUUAAUAUAUAAGAUUCUAAAAUAAAUCUUGAAUUUUUCUCGCUAUUCAAUAGGACAUAAAUAGCAACACGAAAGGAGAAAAUUAGUAAUUAUAAAAAAGAAUGAUGACUUUGCCUUCUGAAAUAUACAAAAAGAAAGAGAAGGGAAAAUGAAGAAAAUUCUAUUUAGGUAAAGUAGGAUCGAUAUUUUACAUUCAGUACUAGUUGACACAAAAUGUAAUUAUUGUAUCUUAAAACAGGAGAAGCAAUAAGCAAGAAAAAAAAAAUAAAUCGCGACUAAAUUAGCACGAUUUUAAAAUCGGUGAUGUCGUGUAAUUUUUAUAAUUUCACAGUCGCCCAGUAUUUAACAAUUUUCUAACAGUUUUUUUAUGAAACAAGCACGUAAGAUGGAUAUUAAGUCGUGUCAAUUCGUUAAAACACGAGUAGUAUUAGUCAGUUAAUAUAAUUCAUGAAUUGAAAAAUAGAAGGAAGAAACAUUUUACGAUGAAUUAAAAGCUAUUGAAUUGUAUGUAAUUAAAAAGUUCUCCAAACGUA